CGCAUUUCCUGCACUAGCCUUAGACAGAGUGGGAGAAAAAAAAGAAGAAGGCUGUAGGAAAGCGAGAGCAGCAACAGUGAGAAAGCAGCUUGGGAGCUGCAGGAGCGGACACGCCAGAAAAGAAGAACACGACGCUGGUUAUUACUUCAUUUUUAAGAGAUCCACCAUCGGCGGAGAGAAGAAGCGUCCCAAAUGCACCGCGGACAAGCUGGAUUCGUUCGCUGCUCCAGCUACUACAGGAGAACGAGUAGUUUAGAAGCCGAGGGUUGCUGAGAAGACGUCGCUUUGGCUUAUUGCUCAUAAAGAAAGCUGGGUGGUGUUUUGCUGCAUGAUAGUAUUUUCUUUGGGUGGGUUGUUUACCUUAAUCAGUAAUUUAAAAUAUUUCUUCUAGUAGGUGGAAACAAUCUGAUUACCUAAUUACCAAAUGUAUGUUUUCGUCGCGAAAACAAGGCAGCCAGAAAACAAAAACAGACCUAUUUACUCUCACAGGACCAUUUUGGAAAGGCUGUUUUACAUCCGAUUUCUAUGAGUGAGACAGCGUAAUACGGGACUGCUAUUUUUCCGUUAUAUGCAAAGAGAGGAAUCGUACAUAUUCACUGGGUGUCGCAAGAGCUGAACCGAAAAGCCCCCUUCGUUAGUUUUGUGGAGGAAACUAAAUGUUAUAUUAAACAUUUACGCAGCUGUGAUAAUUUGCAGCAGAACCCGAAGUUUCAAUUAAAUAUUAUUUAUAUCAUACCAUAACCAUCAUGGUAGUUUUCAAUGGGUUGCUCAAGAUAAAGAUUUGCGAGGCACUGGACCUGAAGCCUACUGCGUGGUCUUUGAGGCAUGCGGUUGGACCAAAAACUCAGACCUUUCUGCUGGACACCUAUAUUGCCCUGAAUGUGGACGAUUCCCGAGUGGGCCAGACCUCCACCAAGCAGAAGACCAACAGCCCUGCUUGGAACGACGAGUUUGUCACAGAGGUUCACGACGGUCGGAAGAUCGAGCUGUCGGUCUUCCACGAUGCGCCCAUUGGAUAUGAUGAUUUCGUGGCCAACUGCAUCAUUCAGUUUGAGGACCUGCUGCAGAACGGCAGCAGGCACUUCGAGGACUGGAUAGACCUGGAGCCAGAAGGAAAGGUGUACGUUAUCAUCGACCUGUCAGGUUCAUCCAGCGAACCAGCCUCAGCGUCCGGUGAAAAUGAGGAACGCGUGUUCAGGGAGCGCAUGCGGCCGCGGAAGCGGCAGGGCGCCGUCCGCCGGCGGGUCCACCAGGUCAACGGACACAAGUUCAUGGCCACCUACUUGCGGCAGCCCACCUACUGCUCUCAUUGCCGUGACUUCAUCUGGGGCGUCAUUGGAAAGCAGGGCUACCAAUGUCAAGUGUGUACAUGUGUGGUUCACAAGCGCUGCCAUGAGCUCAUCAUCACGAAGUGCGCCGGACUGAAAAAGCAGGAAGACAUGCCGGAGGAGGUUGGGUCCCAGCGCUUCAGUGUGAACAUGCCACACAAGUUCAGUAUCCAUAACUAUAAAGUCCCCACCUUCUGUGACCACUGUGGUUCCCUGCUGUGGGGCCUGCUUAGGCAAGGACUGCAGUGUAAAGUCUGCAAGAUGAAUGUACAUAGACGCUGUGAAAGUAAUGUGGCUCCCAACUGCGGAGUGGACGCCCGGGGAAUUGCCAAAGUGCUGUCGGACCUCGGUGUCACCCCAGAUAAGAUUUCCAACAGUGCACAACGGAGGAAAAAGUUGGUUCCAGGCCAGGAACCCCAGCCGUCCAUCCCAGACACCCCACAAUCUGAGGAAGAUCGCUCCAAAUCAGCCCCCACUUCUCCCUGUGACCAGGCAGAGAGCAAGGAACUUGAAAAUAUACGGAAGGCUCUGUCAUUUGACCACCGUGGGGAGGAGCACAAACCUGCCUCCCCAGCAUGUUCCUCAGCAGGCGGAAGCGUUCCAGGACCCCUGGUAGAUGGCCGAGAGAAUGGCGAAGUCAAGAUCAUGAAAGAAGCAAAGAGGAUGAACCUGGACGAUUUUAUCUUCAUCAAAGUCCUGGGAAAAGGCAGCUUUGGAAAGGUUAUGCUGGCCGAGCUUAAAGGUACAGACGAGGUGUACGCCGUCAAGGUGCUGAAGAAGGACGUGAUUCUGCAGGACGAUGACGUUGACUGCACCCUGACUGAGAAGCGGAUUCUGGCUCUGGCGAGGAAACACCCCUACCUGACACAACUCUUCUGCUGCUUUCAAACCAAGGACCGACUCUUCUUUGUGAUGGAGUACGUGAAUGGAGGAGAUCUGAUGUUCCAGAUUCAACGCUCCCGCAAGUUUGACGAGGCACGAUCCCGUUUCUACGCAGCCGAGGUCACCUCUGCCCUAAUGUUCCUCCACCAACAUGGAGUUAUCUACAGAGAUCUGAAGUUGGACAACAUCCUGCUGGAUGCUGAAGGCCACUGCAAGCUGGCGGACUUCGGCAUGUGCAAGGAGGGAAUCCUCAACGGGGUCACGACCACCACUUUCUGCGGGACCCCUGACUACAUCGCCCCAGAGAUUCUGCAGGAGCUGGAGUACGGUCCCUCUGUGGACUGGUGGGCUCUAGGUGUCCUCAUGUAUGAGAUGAUGGCAGGGCAGCCCCCGUUUGAGGCGGACAACGAAGACGACCUCUUUGAGUCCAUCCUCCAUGAUGAUGUGCUCUAUCCCGUGUGGCUCAGCAAGGAGGCCGUCAGCAUCCUCAAAGCGUUCAUGACGAAGAGCCCCAACAAACGACUGGGCUGUGUGGUAGCACAGGGUGGCGAGGAGGCUAUCAAGAUCCACCCCUUCUUCAGGGAGAUUGACUGGCUGCAGCUGGAGCAGAGGAAGAUCAAGCCACCCUUCAAACCACGCAUUAAAACCAAAAGGGACGUCAACAACUUUGACCAAGACUUCACACGUGAGGAUCCCGUGCUCACGCCCGUGGAGGAGGCCAUCAUCAAGCAGAUCAAUCAGGAGGAGUUUAAGGGUUUCUCCUAUUUCGGGGAAGACACGCUGUCCUAAUAACCCUGUCCUCCAUCUACAUUCCCUUGUGCUCCCUGUUACACUCUCCAUACACAUAGACUCAUCCUCUGAGUCCCAUUCUGGGGUCUAAACCCUUUCCUUCUGCACCCACCUAAUUGGGCAUGGAUUUAUAUCUUUAUUCUUUUACUCUCUCAUUCCUAAGCUUCUCUCUGUAUGCCUUCCCUUAUUCUCCUUUCGGCCUGUCCGCAUUUCACCCUUUCCCUUAUUUAAUGUGCUGUUGUAGAGAUGCAGACCAAACAUCGAAGAGAACUCCUCCUUCAGAUCCUUUUCCUUGCGCCAAGCAUCUCUGGACAAGCCGAUCUCCCUUAGCUAGUUCUGUGCGGCGAGCAGAAGGGUUUAGUGUGACCUUUGAGACUGGUUUAAAACUCAUAGAGAAAUCUGUGGUAACUGAGAACUCCUGCAGUACAAUGCCUUGUGCUGUAACCAUCGUUUAUUGAACGCCCUCACAAAACCCUGUGAAAGACUGAGACAUCAUAGACAAUCAAACAAUUGGAAAAGGUGAUUCAAAAACAAUGACGUAAUAGCCACAGGGACGGAAAGGAGGACGAAGAGAGCACACAGAAGACAUUGUCUGUCCCUUUCCAGUUUCCUUUUUAUGCUCAUACUGCAUCAUCACAUAAUUUCAGCAUGGGACUGUUGUAUGUCCUCUUCUUUUAGCUUGUAGCACGACCCUCUGUAGCUAAACAGGUUGGUGCUGCUGACCUUUCCGACUGUACUCCUCGAUUCCCUCUUCAAGAUCCAAAUUCUUUUGUGCAAUGUGUAACUGAGAUGCACUAUCUUAACCAAAUUGUCAGUACCAGUGAUUGUACUAAGGAAAACCUACUGCGUCACAGCAUCAGAAUUUGAUAUCAUUGUGGAAAGCCCUUUUCUGAAGAUCAAAAUUUUGCAACACUUACAAUAACGGUUAAUGUACAGUACUUCAGACUGCCCUUUUGUGUGUCGGGGUAACUUUUGUGGACAAUACGAGAAAGCUAAAAGCUCAACCGUUACCUACAGUAGAUACGCUCACAGUGUUAUCGUACUAUUUCUAAAUGUUCCUUAUAGGAUUUGUUUGGGUGUGGAUGUACGUGUAUUUGCUUGUAUGUAUGACUGUCCACCUGACAUGAUUUUGUUUUAUUUUGUCAGUUAUUUUUGUUGUGGUUUUUUAUGAUUUUACUGGAUAGUCUUGUUGCUCAGAUUUCGGAACUGCCGUCACGGUUCCCCGCUAUGCAACAAGACAGAUGAUACAAGACUCACUAUAGUGGGUGGCAAAGCCAGCACCUAACACCAGUGUCUUGCCCUCUGUACAGAUAACACUUUGUAUAUAAUUCUUGCUGCGAAGCCUGUGAAACUCUUUUCAUUAUAGAGGUGUCAACCACUGCAUGGUCAGGCAUAUGAUAGUGUUGUGUAUUACUAGUCAAUGAGAUGAAAAAAGUUCAAUGUGCAAUACUCUGUGUCUAAUGUGUUUGUUCAGUUUAAAUUUUUGGUUUUGUCUUUUUCUUCUUCAGAUUUUUGUGCUUUGGCUAUUUUUCUUUAAAGCAUGGCUUUCUGUAAAGCCUGAUCCCUGCUGAAACCAACUUUAUCCCUUCGGCUUAUCGGUUUAGUGCUCAUUCAUUACCCAGCAUAAACUGCAUGUGGACUCUGAAGGGAGGAGGGGUGAUGGGUGCGUUUUUGACUCCGCUAUCAGGGCCUCUCGAAGGAAGUUUGUAGCACGUGGUCGAAGACUGGUCGAAAUUAAGCACCAAAUGUCGGAUAUUCAGAACCAAAAACCAGCUGUGACAAAUUGAAAUCAUUUACAGAAUAGUUCCCCAAAAACAACAUAAAAAUGCACAGCGAAAUGAUUGUAACCUGGUCCUUUGCAUGAUUUUGUAUGAUGUCAUCUUUCCCUUCCAUGUUUGGGCACCCAAGUAAGAACCGGAGCAGGGCCUCCCCUUCCAUAACCAGCUGGUGCCCAUACUAAAGGGAUCUUCAUUCUUAUUGGCCAGAGGGACCACACGGACAUGCAUUGGUCACGUCUCAUUGGCCCGAGGGACCAGAAGCGUAGACACUACCCUGCAAGUCCCUAAAAAUAUGAACUGUUGUGUCCCAUAGCAACAUAGUGGGAGUGUGUGGCGUAUGGCCUGAUGUGCGGUGUUUUUUGAGGUUACCUUUCACCAGGUAGGGGUAGGGGCUAGCACACAGAUAGGUGAGUAAUCAUCUGUUUCUUGAGCUUCCUGUGUUUUCUGUGAAAGCCUUACAUCCAGGCUAAUCAGGCCUCACAGCCUCCCUCCUUACCUCCGAUGGCCUAUGUAGAUACCGCUCCACAUUUCAUGGACAUUAAUAGACAGUGGAUUUUUUUUUUUACAGAUCCCGGUAGCAUAAAGAUAGUAGUUGUCAUAGUGGUAGAAAUUUGUUUUCUUAAUGUUUUUUUUAAACAUGGCGUUUCGGCGCGGUGUUUCUCAUCUGGAAACUUACACAGCUGCUUUCCUGCUACGAGCAACAUCACUGAGAGCUACCCCCCCCCCUUCCCGAGCUUAUUGUGAAUUCUCCAACUCGUACUUACCGUAACAGACAGCAAGAGCAGCAAGUUUGCCCCAGGCAUCCUUGUUAGCUACUUAUGAGACGACGUCAUCACCCGUGCGUCUGCCUCACGCGCUCAGCUGUCAAGCCACUCUGUCUGUCUAUACCACACACCAGUGUAGGCGUUUCCAUGGGAACCCUCCCGCACGUGGACCCUUACUUCAGACUCUGUACUCUUUUUCCACUAUAUUCUUCCUCUGGCUGAUGUACUUCACCUGACAUUCAGAUGUGUUUUUUCUUUUUGUAAAUUCAUUCCAUCAACUCCUGGCCUCCAGCAACCACCACGUUUCAUGCCAAAAUGUCUUUCUGCUUCUUUUUAUUAUUUUUGUUUUUAAAAAUAAUAUAAAAGUUUUAAAAAAACUAUAUAGGAAACACACUUUGGUCUGUUUUAAAGUCAACUGAAUAAAUAUAUUACAGCUGAAGAAUUACCUCUUAAAUUAAGUGCAAAAAUGUGUCUGGCAGAAUAUUAAAUAAUUGUACAUAUAGUAGUAUAAUACAUAUAGGUAAAGGUCAUGGGUAUUAUAAUACUAUAUGUCUUAUGUAUACAUUUAGCAAAUUAAUUUUUAAUUUCUGUAUUGUGAAGCUUUGUAUGUACAGUAUGGUUCGUUAUGAAAAUAUUUUGAAUUUUUUGCCAUCCAUUAGUGUUAUCUCAUUGUAAGCAUUUUACUGUGUGCCAAAUGUACUGUAUUCAAAAGGAUGUGAAUGUGUAUUGUUUGUUUUGGAAACCUAUUAAAUACUACGAUGUCAAAAUGAAGAA